AUGCUGCUCAGCAUCGCAGCGCUGGCGUUCGCGCUGUCUCCUGGCGCGCUGGCCGCGAGAUUCGAGCUGGGCCCUACACCGGUUGUCCAGCAACGAUAUGCAGCAAUUUUCCCUCGACAGACAGACCUUGGAGGGCUUGAUUCGGGGUGCUUGUCCGUUCUCACCUUGUUGACUGAUAUCCCGACGGCGCCUCCCGAUCUCUCGAGCUACAUACAGCAGGCUGCUGCAACCAUGGUCAAUCCGUGCAGUGUCUCGUACCCAAACAGCCUCACCAAAGAACUGAGCAGCUAUCAGUCAGAGGUGCAGUCGUGGUUUAGUGCCAAGAAGAACAUCCUGUCGCAGUGCCCGGAGCUUUUGAGUUACCAAUCUCAAUUCUCCGACAUUUGUAAAACCACCGCGGGAGGCAGUCCGUCUCAAACGAGCGGCUCUAGCAGCGCUACGACUACAAGUUCUGGAUCGAGUGGUGGCUCUGGAGGCUCUGGAGGCUCUGGCUCUGGAAACUCGGGGUCUGAUAAUAGUGGCAGUGGAGGUAAUACCGGUUCAUCGGGAGGGAGUAGUCUCUCUGGCGGAGCCAUUGCUGGAAUUGCUAUUGGUGGUGUUGCUGGUCUCGCAGCAAUUGCUGGUAUCAUUGCAUUUUUCGUCUGGAGAGCCAGAAGAAAGUCCAAAGCGGUUUCAGGCAAUACGUCCCAGCCAGACAUGGCGCAGCAACAACAACAACAGAUGCCGCCUCCUGGGAUGGUCCAACAGCCUGGGCAGCCGUACGACAAGAACAUGUACCCCUACCCGCCACAGGGACAAUACAUCUACGAGAUGCCGCAGCCUGGAACGCAACCGCCUAGUGAAUUGAUGGGCAAUGUACAAGCACCGCCUGCGGAAUUGGGCUAUAGUUCAGGGCCGGUGUAUGAGAUGCCAGGCGGGCAUCCGCCAAAGUAG